GGGGCGGAUGCGCCGAGCGCCCGCCCAUCCCCGGCGCGUCCCGCCCCGGCGGAGUCGGGAGCCGAGCCCGCGGCAGACGCAGCCCCGCCGUGCCAUGGCCGGUCGCCGCCUCCUGGGGCUGCUCCUGGCCCUGUCGGCGCUGCUGGGCGCAGGUCAUGGGGACGAUGACGACUUCAACCUAGAAGACGCCCUGUUUGACCUCACCACCAAGCGACCCACUCCCAAGGGCCCCAGAAAGCCUGCAGGUGGAACAGACUUUGAUUUGGCUGAUUUCUUUGACACACCUCCGGAGACUACCACCAAACCAGCCAAGCCGACUUUAAAGCCCUACCCCAGGCCAGGGAAUCCAGACAACAGCUUUUGGGAUGUCAUCCGCACCACCACAACCAAGCAGCCAAAAACUACAAGAGCCCCUCCUAAGCGUAAUCCAGAAAAGAAUCCUAUGGACUUUGACUUGGCCGAUGCCUUGGAUGAUAAGAACGAUAGGAAAGAUCCUGGGAGGCCAGAUCUAAGGCCAGGUGAAGGGUUUUCAGAUGAUGACCUGGCCAGCAUCGUGGACGGCGGAUACAGCCCAGACAAGAAGAAGGGUAAGCGUGACAACAGCGACAACAGCUACAGCGGAGUGGCAGAGCCGGGGACUAUCGCGGGCAUUGCCAGCGGCCUGGCCAUGGCGCUCAUCGGGGCCAUCUCCAGCUACAUCUCCUACCAGCAGAAGAAGUUCUGCUUCAGCAUCCAGCAGGGACUUAACGCGGAGUAUGUGAAAGGAGAAAACAUGGAAGCUGUUGUAAGCGAGGAGCCCCAAGUUAAAUAUUCAGUCCUGGAAACGCAGUCAGCAGAACCACCAAAACAAGACAGUGCGAAGAUAUAAAGCGUGACCCAGAGCUAGGGAAUAAUCAGUCAGCAGCAACGGAGAUCUUAACAUGCUUGUAAUUUAGCUUUUUGUUUGAUUUGACUCCAGAGCUAUUUAAUGUGUACUUAGGCUUGAACUGGCUUCUUAUUGCUCUAGGCUUUAGGGUUAGACUGGUAGCAUGUGUUUAUUUUUUGUAAAGAGGUUUAUGUUUACAUCGAAGUAAUAUUGUAGGAUUGGUGUGCAGCUGUAGGGAAGCCCACAGAAGGUACUUCAGUCGUGGUCAAUGAAGAGCUUACAGGUAUGAGGACAGUGAAGUGCCUGUAAAUAGCAAUCCAAAGCCAAACCACGCAAAGCCCUCUGCAAAGCGCCUCCAGCCAACUUCUGCCAUCAGCUCUGGGCACGUCACUUCCAACGGCGGGGUUGAAAGCUGCACGUUUCCUGAGGGUGGAUUGCAGUCCUUAGUGUAGCUCCACCUAAAAAUGAAGUGCCUACGGUAGGUCCUCAUGUGGGGCCUCGGGCUGAGCCAGGUGACUCCCUGCUCUGAAGUCAAGAGUUGAGGGUGCUUCACCACCACCACGCAGGGCUGGGCUUCUCAACCAAAUCAAAGGACCUGAUUUUCAUGCCAAGUCACAAAUCCAGGUAAAAGCAGCGUGUGCAGUGUUCACUCUUAGCAAAUGCCAUUUGAAUGCUCCCCCGUGCUAGAGAUCAGAGCGGAGCAGAAGCGGUACAGUUUGUCUUUGUGACAUGAGAUACCUUCAGUGCCACCACCAUGAAAGCUGUGUGUGUUUGGAUGUUUUCAGGGACAGGUUCAGAUCUCAGUCACACAAGAACAAAUGACAGAUUUAACCCCAAAGAAAAUAAACAAAGCAGGUAUCUGUUAAGACCUGUAAUGCUCAGUACCAGAACAGAAGCCAGGCGUAACAAGAUGCAGUGCCCCCUUCUCCUUUUAUCAGCAACUACUGAGAGUGCUCCCAGACACCCAGAGGCAGAAAAAGGAUUUAAGCUUCACCCUUUGUGUCACUGACUAACCUUUAAAAAAUAGCAGAAUCUCCUGAGAGGACAGGUCCUCCAUCACUGUCCUGCUUGUCUGGGAAGCACUGGGCUGUGCUCAGCAGGACACUGGGCUGCCCAGGACAGAGUGCACACACAGCCCUCUGCAGAGCUGCCAAACA